AUGGAUAUGAGUAGAACGAUAGAGAUAGAGUAUAAUGCGUGUGACAGCAACCACUGGGGUCCCCACUGCAGUAACCGCUGCCAGUGUCAGAACAGUGCACUGUGUAACCCCAUCACUGGCGCCUGUAUCUGCCAGCCCGGGUACAGGGGCUGGCGCUGCGAAGAGGUCUGCGAAGCGGGCACCUAUGGCAACGGGUGCCAACAGAAGUGCCUGUGCCAAAAUGGAGCAGCGUGCCACCACGUGACCGGGGAGUGCAAGUGUUCACCCGGAUACACCGGUGCUUUUUGUGAGGACCUGUGCCCACCAGGGAAGCAUGGACAGCAGUGUGAGGAGAGAUGCCCUUGUCAGAAUGGAGGAGUGUGCCACCAUGUCACUGGAGAGUGCUCCUGCCCCGCUGGAUGGAUGGGUACAGUGUGUGGCCAGCCGUGUCCGGAGGGGCGCUUCGGGAGGAACUGUUCCCAGGAGUGUCAGUGUCACAACGGGGGGAUGUGUGUAUCCUCCAGUGGACAGUGUCUGUGCAGUCCAGGCUACACCGGAGAACGGUGCCAGGAAGAGUGUCCGGUGGGUACAUUUGGCGUGUCCUGCCGCCAGACGUGUCGCUGUGAGAACGGAGCCAAGUGCUACCACAUCAGUGGCGCGUGUCUGUGUGAACCGGGCUACACGGGGGAGAUGUGCGAGGUGCGCCUCUGUCCCGAGGGACACUAUGGCCUCAAGUGUGACAAGAGGUGUCCCUGCCACGCCGAGAACACACGCAGCUGCCACCCGAUGUCUGGCGAGUGCUCGUGCCAGCCUGGCUGGUCGGGGACCUACUGUAACGAGACGUGUACGCCCGGCUUCUUCGGCGAGUCGUGCCAGCAAGUGUGCCAAUGCCAGAAUGGUGCCGACUGCCACAGCGUGACCGGGGAGUGCAUCUGCGCUCCUGGCUUCAAGGGGUCCGACUGUUCCACAGCCUGCCCAUCAGGGACCCACGGGAUCAACUGCUCUGCCACGUGUGGCUGUAAGAACGGGGCACAGUGCUCUUCAGUGGAUGGAGCCUGCUCCUGUAAAGCAGGUUGGCACGGAGUGCACUGCUCCAUCAACUGCCCCAGUGGCACAUGGGGGCUGGGGUGUAACCUCACCUGUAUGUGUGGCAACGGGGGCGCCUGCAACGCCCUCAACGGACAGUGCACCUGUGCCCCCGGCUGGAGGGGCGAGAGGUGUGACCUCCACUGCCAGGAUGGCACCUAUGGCAUGGACUGUAGGGAGCGCUGUGACUGUAGCCAUGCCGAUGGGUGCCACCCCUCCACGGGGUACUGUCGCUGCCUGGCUGGAUGGACAGGUAUCCACUGUGACAGUGUGUGUGCCGAGGGCCGCUGGGGGCCAAACUGUUCCCUCCCUUGCAACUGUAAGAACGGGGCCUCCUGUUCUCCUGACGAGGGCACCUGUGAGUGUGCGCCUGGGUUCCGGGGAACCACCUGCCAGCGCAUCUGUUCACCAGGCUACUAUGGCCACCGCUGCAGCCAGGCCUGUCCCCAGUGUGUUCACAGCAUUGGACCUUGCCACCAUGUCUCUGGCCAGUGUGACUGCCUCCCAGGGUUCAAGGGAGCCCUCUGCAAUGAAGUGUGCCCCAGUGGUAGGUUUGGGAAGAACUGUGCAUGGGGGUGCACCUGUACCAACAACGGAACCUGUAACCCCAUCGACGGCUCGUGCCAGUGCUACCCCGGCUGGAUUGGAAGCGACUGUUCACAACCUUGUCCCCCUGGUCAGUGGGGGCCCAACUGUAUCCACACGUGUAACUGUCACAACGGGGCCUACUGCAGUGCCUAUGACGGGGAGUGCAAGUGUACCCCGGGCUGGACGGGCCUCUACUGUACACAACGCUGUCCAUUGGGCUUCUAUGGUAAGGACUGUUCCCAGACCUGCCAGUGUAAGAACGGAGCCGACUGUGACCACAUCUCUGGCCAUUGUACCUGCCGGACCGGCUUCAUGGGACGCCACUGUGAGCAAAAAUGCCCCCCUGGCUCCUAUGGUUACGGCUGUCGUCAGGUUUGCGACUGUCUGAACAACUCCACCUGUGACCACAUGACGGGUACUUGCUACUGCAACCCCGGCUGGAAGGGGGUGAGGUGUGACCAAGCCGGGGUGGUGAUCGUGGGAAACCCCAACAGCCUGACUAGCGCUGCAGUGCCCGUGGACUCCUACCAGAUCGGCGUCAUUGCGGGAAUCAUCAUCCUGGUGUUGUUGGUGCUCUUCCUUCUCCUCCUCUUCAUUGUGUACAGGAAGAAGCAGAAGGGCAAGGAGACCACCAUGCCCGCUGUCACCUACACACCCACCAUCCGCGUCGCCGCCGACUACGCCAUCACCGCGCACCCACAAACAAGUCAGACACCCGGACAUCCCAACAGACAUCCCAACAGCAACUACUUCUCUAACCCCAGUUACCACACUCUGACCCAGUGCACUAGUCCCCCACAUGUCAACAACCUACCCUACGGAAAGGCUAAGAACAACCAGUUGUUUGUGAACCUGAAGAACGUGGACCAGAGGAAGAGGCUUCCCAUAGCGGACCACACUGGAACCCUGCCUGCCGACUGGAAACAGGGGGGCUGCUUUAACGAGCUGGGAGCUUACGGAGUGGACCGACGAUACAUGGGGAAAUCCCUGAGAGACCUGGUGAAGGGAACGCCCUAUCACGCCAGCUCCUGCUCCCUCAACAGCUCAGAGAAUCCCUACGCCACAAUCAAGGACCCACCCCUCCUGAUGCCCAAAGUAGAGUGCGGCUACGUUGAGAUGAAGUCACCCGCACGGCGAGACUCGCCCUAUGCUGAAAUCAACAACACCAGCCCCACCAAUAAGAACGUCUACGAAGUCGAGCCCACUGUCAACGCCAUCCACUCACCUGGGAACAGCAACGGUCACGGCCCCUUUGGCCAGGACCCGUACGACCUACCAAAAAACAGCCACAUCCCCUGUCACUACGAUCUCCUGCCCACACGGGACAGCCCCCCGUCACCCCACAAGGAACUAGACAGCGAAUGA